AUGUGGGCACAGGGCUGGAAUCACAGGUCACUGGAACAUCUUGGCAAACAGCAGCCGGAAGCAAGGGGCAGCUGGGCAAAUGGUUCUGGGACAUUGAUGGGCUUAGAUGAUGAAUGGUGGGGCUGGAGGAGUGGGGCUGGAGGUCGGCUUGGCGGCUUGGGAAGCAUCUAUGCCGUGCACGUCCCUGCCCAAGCCCAGUCUGCCUUUGGGAGCCCUUUUGAUCCUGCUACCCUCUCUGAGGAGGAAUCACGCCUCCUUUUGGCUGCAAUGGUGAAUGACUAUGAGCAGAUGAAGGCCCGUGAAAUGCAGAAGCAGAGGGCACAGGGCUCCUGCAUCAGUGUCCAGAAGAGAUCCUGCAACACUGCCACCUGCAUGACCCAUCGGCUGGUGGGCUUGCUCAGCAGAUCUGGGAGCAUGGUGAGGAGCAACCUGUUGCCCACCAAGAUGGGCUUCAAAGUCUUUGGUGGGCGCCGCAGGAACUUUUGGAUCUGAGCAGUGGGAUGAUUCCAGGAGGAAGGUGACUGCCCUUUUUGUACCUUCAGGUGGGAGGACAGAGGACUGGGUAUUGCAGGGGUGCAUUCCACACCCUAACCCUCUGUGAGCGCAUGGGGGUAAAACCUCCACAUGGCAAGGUGCCCACACCAGUGUCUGGAGAAAGGACUGAUAAUCCCUAUAACUGAAACAUUGGGCUCUUUCUCUCUGUUUCUCCAGUCUCUCCCUGUGACACUGACAUCAUCUGCCAGGAAAUAUAGACCCUGUUUACUUAAAACACUGUUCCCUGGGUAUUAAUUGGGGUCCAGCUCUAGCAUUAGAAUUUGAAAGGUAAUGACCCUACCCUUUUGGAGCAUACCUUACAAUGUUAUGAACUUGGAGCAUAGACUCGGAUUCAAAUACUGUGUCUGUCUUCCACUAACUGUGACCAUGGGCAAGUAUGCCUCUGAGCCUCAGCUUCUCCUUGUAACUUGAAGGCAGCAAUAGUAUCCUCAAU